UUUUUUUUUCUUUUUUUUUUGAUAAAUUCCCCUGUCCCAAAUAAAUAGAGGCUCCUCUCAUUUCAUUUUUGCCUCUUGGGUUGCAACUACCGGAAAUCCAGCUGUUUUCCCUGUUCGUUCCUCCUCUUGUCGCAAAAAUCCCCGGAUUUCGAACUUUGAGAGCGCAUCCAGUGACAAACGUGGACCAUUGGCGAAUCUCGGCUGUUAUGAGCCAUGCUUCUCAACUCCAUAACCGCUUCACUGGCAUCGUGCCGCCUCCAUCUACCAUCUAUUGCUCGAAUUGGCCAAUGUCUAAAUUCCCAAUUCUCAACGUCAUUACGGACUGGGAGCUAUGCUGAUACUCUUCCUAACCUGAAAAUUGGAGCACAUACCAGGGUCCUUUUCCAGGGAUUUACAGGCAGACAGGCGACCGCGAAUGUGAAAGAGUCUUUGACAUGGGGCACCAAGAUCGUUGGCGGCGUAAAGCCAGGAGUGGAAGGUGAACACCUCGGGCUACCUAUUUUCCCAUCAGUACAAGUGGCACAAGAAAAAACAAAACCAGAUGCGACUGCCAUCUACGUACCAGGUCCACAAACGGCACAGGCUAUCGAAGAGGCUAUCGCGGCAGAGAUUCCUCUCAUCGUGGCGGUAGCAGAGCAUGUUCCCGUUCAUGAUAUGCUUCGAGUACAUGCAAUGCUUCAAACGCAAUCGAAAUCCCGCCUGGUUGGCGCCAACUGUCCUGGUAUAAUUUCCGCUAUUGGUAAAUGUCGAAUCGGAUUCCAGCCUCUUCCCUGUUUCUCGCCCGGUAAUAUCGGGAUUGUCGCCAAGUCCGGAACCCUUGGCUAUGAAACCGUUGCAUCAACGACACGUGCUGGAUUGGGUCAGAGCCUUUGCAUAAGCGUUGGAGGAGAUGUUCUAGCUGGUACGGACUUCGUUGAUGCGCUGAAGAUUUUAGAGCAUGACGAGGACACGCACGGUAUCAUCAUUGUUGGAGAAAUUGGAGGAGCAGCUGAAAUUGAUGCUGCAGAGUGGAUUCUAGACUACCGCAGACGCACUGUAGACCCAAAACCUAUUAUGGCUGUGGUUGGCGGAAUUCAUGCGCCUCCAGGCCGAGUCAUGGGUCAUGCAGGCGCUUGGGCCGCUCCGGGAGACCCUGAUCCACAAACCAAGAUCAGAGCGCUACGAGAUGCCGGCGCCGUCAUGGUAAACCAUCCAGAGAAUUUUGGCGAGGGAAUGAAAAUGUUGUUAGGCAACAUGAGCGCACGGCCUGCACUUCAGGCCGCUUCCGCCGCUGUUUCAAGACAGCAAAGGGGGUUCCACACUUUACGUCGGCCGACCAUUCAAAGGCAGCAUAUGAUGUCACAACGGAGAAACCUUUAUCUUAAGCAAUCCCAGUCAUUCGAUCUAUUAAAAGAAAAGGGUGUUGCGAUUGGCGAGUCGAAUGAAGCUUCUGAUUUCUUAUUUGGAAUUGUGAUAGAUCGGAAGUCACGCUCACCGUGUAUUUUGGCUUCUCCGACCACUAACCCGGCAACUCAGGUCUCUCUUUCUAGAAAAUUCUCUUUUACAUAUGGUCGCACGCAAUUCACUCCCGACCAGGCUAAUAUCCGAGCGGUAGCAAGCCAUCUCAACCUUGGAGAGUCAUCUCUAGAGCCUCUUGCGAAGCUCGCACAAAAUCUGCUUGAUAUUUUUAUGAACAAGGAGGCUUUUGUGCUGGAAACAAUGGUCUCUGUGGGUAGUGAUGGUAGUUUUCAAAUUAAUGGAGCCCGAUUCGGCUUCGAUGAUGCCGCAUUCAAAAGUUCUAAGAGGCAGGAAGAUAUUCAUAAGCUGCGAAACAAAGCGGAGGAGGUCCCGGAGGAAGUCGAAGCUGAGAAUGAGGGUAUUGUAUAUGUCAAGCUUGCUGGGGAAGGAAGCAUCGGUACACUUGUCAACGGUGCCGGCCUCGCCAUGAACACAGUCGAUGCUUUGACCCAUCACGGUGGCCACUGUGCCAACUUCCUCGACACGGGCGGGAAAGCAACGUCGGAGACCAUAAAGUCGUCAUUCCGCAUCAUCCUCUCCGACCCGCGCGUGAAAACCAUCUUCGUCAACAUUUUCGGCGGCCUGACGCUCGGCGAUAUGAUCGCCAACGGAAUCAUCAUGGCCUUCCGCGACCUGGAUAUGAAAGUGCCUGUCGUCGUCCGCCUACGUGGCACUAAUGAGGAACUUGGGCAGAAAAUGAUUGCCGACAGCGGACUGCCUUUGCAUGCAUUCGACUCGUUUGAGGAAGCGGCAAAGAAGGUUAUUAGCCUCAGUCGCUAACUAACGGAACCGCCGGGUUUCCAAGUCCUAGGCUAGAAAAAGGUGAGGCUAAGUACAGUGGUAGGUAGUCGCGCCCGAAUUUAUAUUUCUAUACUGCGUAUCUUUCCCUCAUUUCUCGCUUGUUUGUUUCUUUCUUAUACAUACCCCGACUAAUAUAUACUUGAUAUGUUCACCCAUUGUUUCUUUUUCUAUGAUUUGGUCUAGAUACACGCUUUUUGGAUUUUAUCCAAACGAUUUACGUAUGUUCUUUAUUCUAUUUAUAUAUUUCUAUUUAUUUUAUUUGUUCGUCUGAUUUCUGCCCUUGCAUCUGGCAUUUGCUUUUGGAGGGCUCUGGUUGGGAACCGGGCGAGCGAGAUGCAUAUAUAAUAUAGAGCGCGUAGACCAACGUAUAUACAUAAUAUAUAUAUAUAGAAUAAAAAAAAGGGUAGAUGACUAUACAUAUGAUAAUUUUAUUAUUUAGAAGUUUACUUUGGAUUGUAGA